GAGGCUAACACAAGCGCUGUGCCCCGGAAGCUUGUUCGUGGGAGAGCAGGGGACGAUGGCUCAGAACCUGUACGGUCCAGGAGUCCGGAUGGGCAACUGGAACGAGGACGUCUACCUGGAGGAGGAGCUCAUGAAAGACUUCUUAGCAAAGAGGGACAAGGGACAACUUCUCAUACAGAGAAACAGAAGACUGAAAGAGAAUCUUUUGAGACCGAUGCAGCUUUCCAUAUCUGAAGACGGAUACAUUCGCUAUGGCGACAAAGUGAUGCUUGUGAAUCCUGACCACGCUGAGACAGAAGCUGAUCUGUUUCUGGGCGGGGACCUGAGCUUGUGUAUGACUCCAGAUGAAAUUAAAGCCCAUCUGAGUGACAAAUUAGAGGUGCCCUGUGGCCUGAGCGCAGCUCAAACCAAGAUCCCGGUUGGCAGAAAUACUUUUACCAUUUUGUGUGCAGCUGGAGAGGUCAUUGAUCAGGUCCUUAGAUACGGGCAGAACUUUCGCCUCGGGAUAGCAGGAGGAUUUGCAGACAGAAUGGCAAAUGCAAAAAUUCUUAUCAAUCACUGCCACACGAAUCGGGGGCUGGUGGCCCACAGGCAUCUUUUCUUAAGUACCUAUUUUGGAAAGGAAGCAGAGGUCGCUGCACACACAUAUCUGGAUUCACACAGAGUUGAAAAGCCAAAGAACCAUUGGAUGUUGGUGACUGGGAAUCCCAGGAAGGAUUCGUCCACCAUGUUGGACCUGCUUAAACCGCCGGCGGAGGACACCCGAGUCCUGGAGCAGGUGGCGGAGCCGGGGGCCAGGAACGCACCUGGCGCGCAUGCGUGCACUCAUCCGAUGUAGCUUUACAGGAAAUCUAUCUCGGUCAUGCCUCAAGCUAUUCUUAAGGAAGGCACAGAACUCUCCGAACAUUGUAUUAGAACAAAGGCUGUAUUCAGAUUAUUGAAUUAACAGUGGAGAUCUAGGACACAGGAAAAAACAAACAAAACAAAAAACCUUGCCUUGGGCCAUAGCGCAGAAAUGGACUCUGAAGGUGACAGGUGAUAGUCCUUUGUUGAUGACCAAAUUCUGAAGACUCAGCUUCCUUUAUUUAGAUCCUACAGCAGCAGCUUCUAUAAGGACUGUAAAAAACUCGUUACUUUUUAAAGCUAUGUCUGUGUAAUGAAGCUAUCGGAACUUUA